AAAGAUAAUUUAUAUAUAUAUUGUAUUGUUAUCUGAAAAAUUAUUUUAGUACAAAGUUAAAAAAACAUAAAUUCUAUAACUAAAAGUAGAAUAUUGAGUUAUUUUAAAAUUUAUUUUAGUAUAAUGAAUAUAGUGUACAAAUAACUUUUCAAAAAUUUAUGAAAAUAUUUAAACCCGCAUUGCAGGCAAAACACCUAGUAUAAAAUUAUACGGCAAAAUCUAUGUUGGUAGUAGCAAAGAAAAACUAAGAAAAUACAUUCCACGAAUAAACCACCAACAUAAUUUAAUUGUUUUAGCCUUAGUUUCAAAAAAUAAAACACCAACAUGACUAUAUAUUGACCAAUACACGAACAAUUUGAUGGGGGUAUGCAAAAUGCAAAACACUAUCAAAACGCUCAAGCCAUUAUAACACUCAUCAUUGCCAAGUUCUCAUAGCUGGUUACUCAUAAGAGAUCACUUUGACAAAAUGCACGCGAACCCAAAAUGUCCGAAUUGGUCUAAUAAAGAAAACGAUAAUAAUACGUUGACAAGAUACACUAAAGUGAAAGCGGAUCGAGCGUUGCGGAUCUAGCGGAUCAAGCGAAUCAAGCGGAACAAGAGCGGAUCAAGCGGAUCUAGCGGUACAAGUGUGGAUCGAGCGGAUCUAGCGGUUCAAAACAUAUGUUUGAAUGGUAAAAUCGGAUAAAAGAUAGUUCAAAUUACUGUAUAAAUCUAUAAUAAAUUUCUAAAAUAAUAAAAUUUCUAUUUAAAUGGAAUUACAAAAUUUAUUAUUUCAAAAAACUACUAAAUACAACAAAUCCGUGUUACUUUUAUUAAAAAUAAAAAAAUAACACAAAAUUAAAUACAAUAUGGGUAAAAAAUACUACAUAAUAUUUUUAUUAGCUCACAAUGCAUUUGUAAUAUGUUCACUGAUAAUCGCCAUUAAUUCUCAUCAGUAUAUUUGGAUAAUUUAAAUUCUUUGGAUAAAAAGUAUUCUAGUAAUUUAUUUUUUUAGGUAUUUUGAUUUAUAAAUAAUAUUUUAUGAUUAUAUGAUUAAUUUUUGUUUGGUUCGGUUCAUCUUUUUAGUUUUAGAUAAAUAUGAUAAGACCUAGUAAUUCAUAACAGAUCAAUAAAUAGGAACAAGCGAAGAACAAACAUGAUGGGCAUAAUUAUAUAAACUCUUGGUUACAAAUUUUUAAAUAUUUUAAGACUUACAUUAUCAUAUAUAAAGAUUUAAAUUAAUCGAUAGUUUAAUCACUAGUGAAAACAUAUGAUUAUCUUAAAACAGUAAUAUUAGAAAUAUAAAAAGUUAGAAAGUGGUUCAGCCCACUCCAAAUAGCUAGUAACUCUACUGUGCAUAGCGGUUCUUGUAUUUUCUUCAUAAGAGUUCGACCACUUUUACUGUAACGUAUCAAAUCACUAUUUUUUAUUAAGAACUACUUUUCUAUCUAAUUAAUUGUGAAUGGCAAAAAAUAGACAGCUCUCCCACCGUGAUGGAUGGUCCAUCUUUGUUCCACCUCCCAUUCGGAACCUAAGACUCGGAUUAUGUUGCGGCAUACACUUUAGCAAAUAAAACUAGAUCUUGAUCCACGUAACCGCACGAGUUUUUGUUUUCAUUUAUUUUUAUAUAAAUAUUUUCUUUUCAAUUCUAAAUUGAUAUUAUAUAUAUAUAUAUAUCUAUUAAUUUUUAAAACAAAAUAAGUUUAAGGUAUAUUUUUUCCAUUGAAUAGAUUGUUUCAAAUUUUUACAUGUAUUUGUAUUUUCUUCUAUAUAUAUAUUUUCUGAUUAUUAUUUCAUUAUUAAACUCGUAACUAUAUAUAUACAAAUAUUAGUAAAAUAUUUUUUUUUGUCAUAUUCAAAAAUAUUGUAUCAUUUCACAAAUUUAACAAGUUUUUAAAAAAUUAAACUUUUCCAUUCACAGAUUUAUAUAAUCGAGUAAAAAAUUAAGCAUUUAGUUUUUGUUUAAUUUUUAAAAUAAACUAUAUAGUUUAAAAUUUAUUUUCAUUGGUUUAAAGUAGUAAAGAUUAAUCAUUGUUAGAUAUUUUGUUAUUUAAAAAAAAUCUUCAUAUCGACAAAUAUUUAAAUAAUUAACAUAUGGAGGUAUAAUAUUACAACAUUAGAUUAUAUCUAUUUAAUUUUAUUAUCUAUAAAUCCAAUGAAUCAUGUAUUGUUUAAAUUCAAUUAUUUAUAGCCCAAUAAAAAUUUCUGGUAUGUCCAAAAUUUAAAUGAUAAGAUUAGAGAUUAAACGUAACAUAACUUUCUAGGAAUAUGUCCAUUUUAAAAAAACGCAUGAAUCAAGGUUGUGACUUAUGUUUUAAUAUAUAAGAUACAAUAACACAAGAGAUAAACAAAAUUAAUUAUUAUUCCCUCCAUUUCGUAUUAUUUGUCGUUUUAGAGUUAAAAUUUUGUUUCAUUUUUAAGUGACGUUUUAUGUUUUCAAUGCAAAUUAAUAACAAUAUUUUCUGUUUUAUUUUUCUAUUGGUUGAAAUACGGUUUAGUGUAUAGGCAAUGAUAUUUUUAUUUUGGAAAUAUGCAAAAUUAAAUAUUUUCUUAAUUUGUAUGAAUAAACCUAAAACGACAAAUAAAGUGAAACGGAGAUAGUACAAAACUGGAAAAUAACCAAUUUCAGACCUAUUUUAUUAUGAUUUCUUAUCAAUUACAUCAAAUUGAUAUUAUUAUUUUAUUUUCUUAUAAAUUUAAAUCAUAAUUUUUACAUGUUUCGAAUUUGAUUAAAGUUUAAUGAUUAUUUUAUUUUCUUACAAAUAUUAUAGCUAAUAAAUAGCAUGCUAAUUCAUAAUUGCCUAUUUUUUGUACUUUUUUUUUUAAAUUUGUUCAUUAUAUAUCUUAGACAUGGAUAAAUGUUAGAUUUUUUUUAUAUAAUACCCAAUAUUGUUGACAUAAUUUACGCUAAAAUGCUAAAGUAUAAAAUUAAGUACAAAUAUAAUAUUUAGAGCAUCUCCAAUGUUUAACUUCAUUUUUUUCUUCAAAAUUUGUAGUUCUUCAAAAAAUAAAGCAACAUGCUCUCCAUUGGUUUUCUUCAUAUUUUUCUUCAAAAUGGAAUAUUCUAAGUAUAUUCUACCACCACUUUAUAAUUAAUUAUUAAUAACACCUUAUUUUUUUCAAACUUACUAAUUUUACCCAUAUGUUUUGUUUUAACAUUAGUUUGACCCAAUUACUAUUUAUUAUAAAUUAAUAAUUAUUAUAUAAUACAAUUAUUACACAUAACAUAAAUAAAUAAACAAAAGAUUUUAUAAAAAGCACUAAAUACAUGUAUCUCUUAAGUGAUUAAAAAUGUAUUUUAAAACAAAAAAUGAGCUUAUUUUAUUCUAAAUUCUUUUAAAUCGAACAUAAAAUUCUUAGAAAUCAAUAAAUUUCAUAUUCUUCGUUAUUGAUAUUCAAUUAGAUAUAAGUAAUAAUGUAAAAUUUAAAGUUAAUUGGAUGACAUUAACACUUUUAAUUUGUUAAAGUAAAAAAUGACAAUAAAUAAAAGCUAAGGAUUGAUUUGUAAAUAAAAGAGUUCAUCUUCAAAAAAUGAAAAACUGAACAGUAUUUCUUCAAAUUUGAAGAAAUACUGUUCAAUUCUUCAAAAUUUGAAGAAGUGAAGAAAAAAAUGAAGUACCAAUAGAAUAAAAAAUAAAGCACCAUUGGAAAUGCUUUUACAUUUAGAAAUACGAUUACAUUUACAAAUAUAUCAUUAAAUACAAACACAAAUUAAAUACUCGCUACCGUGCGCAGAUCAAAGGUCUAGUAAAAUCUUAUUACUAAAAUCUUAUUAUUCGACACAUGUUAAAAUUUGUAGUUUGUAUAACCGUUGCAAAUCUUGUGAAAUUAAUCAUCAACCUCUUAAAAUCUAUAACUUCUGCAAGAAUAUCUGCCACUUGUCUUUACAAUAGGAAACUUUAGCUUCAUACUAUUGGUGACAAGCAAAUAUGCUAAACUUUAUAUAAUCUGAAUUGCAUGUAUAAGAUUUUCCCCAUUGCAAAUGAUUGAUUUUUGAUUUGGUUCAAUGUACUAAACUUUUUUUUUCCAUAGUAACCAUAUAAACUUAGGGAACAAAUCUUUCUGGUCAACUUCUCAGAAAAGAAAACUUAAGGUUUAAAAUAAUUACUUUUCUUUCCUAAACUAUGUAUAUAUUUGGUAAAAAAUGUAAAUUACAGUUCUUAUUUGUUGCAAGUGUAAAUGUACAAUAUAAAUGGGGUUACCACACAUUUUGUAAGAGAUAAGAUUGAAACAAAUGAUCACCACACUUCCUUCAAUAUAAAGAUGUAUUAGUCGAAUCAGUAAAGAACCACCCCUCCCCCCCCCCCCCCCCCCCCCCCCCCCGGUUACGUUCUAACGCCUGCGUUUGCACACUCCUCUGUCGUAUUCCAUUUUGUGGGUUUCGUAGAUAUUUCUCAUCAGACAACUUAAUCUGAGAAACAAAGGUCGCGAUCCUCUCUCUUACUCAUCGUGGCCCUUUUCCCUGAACUCAAAUAUCGAGAACGUGUUUGUAUGUUUGGAACUCUAAUGACUGAACAAGUUCAAUUGCUUUUGAUUUAGCUGCCUUCUUUGUCUUAAAAGAUUUUUUAUGUGUGUGUUUGUUGUUGUUGAGUUUGCAAAUAUCUGGUUUUUGAGUAUUGAUCUUCUCAUACCUAACUUAAGGGUGCAAUAUGAUUAUUAGUUUUUCGAGAGAUGUGUACGUGAAUGACUCUUGAUUUCUGAAUUUGGAUCUCUAAUCAGAUCUAGAACUGAUGAUAUUGAAGAUGAUAAAAUUUUCUGAUAAGGUUUGUAGGACUCACCGAGUUUUCCGUUCAUCUUCCCGCUUAGGUUUUUUGAAUUUCAUCAUAAUCAUUUUAUUUUGUCAAGCAUGUUGAUUAGGCAUGAUCUUUAGCUUAUGUUCAUGAUGUCAAAUAAUUUACUCUUUAGCGUUUGAUAUCAUAUGUGAAGAACGUCCGCUUAAUUACCACAUGUUGUUUUUUUAUACAUUUGGCUCGUUUUUUUGUUUGUAUUCAAUCUCUAAGCUAGGUGAUUGUUACGAUUUGUCUCUUUAAUCUAUUGAAUCAUUCUUGUGGUGUUAUCUUGCAGAGAUAUGGCUGUCUUGGUUGGUAGGCUGAGUGCACGACCAGAUCGUACACCAGUUUACACUCCAGAUGAAGCGGUUAGUCAUCUUCUAGCGAUGGAAAAGAUCUUGGAAUGCCAAAUGCGUCCUAUGGCAUCUAACCGUCCUGUACCAAAGCAAGUCUUUGUGAAUCAAUAUCUUGUGAAAUGGAAAGGGUUCUCGUAUCUACACUGCUCUUGGGUGCCCGAGCAUGAGUUCGAGAAGGCUUACAAGUCCCUUCGUGGUUUAGAAACCAUGGUGAACCAAUUCCAUUCUACAAUGGAGUCACUCGGUAACAAAGUAUAUGAUUUUGUUGCCAUUCCUCCCGAGUGGACCACUGUUGACCGGAUUAUAUCCUUUCGGGAAGAAGAUGGUCAGAGGAAGUACCUGGUGAAGUUCAAAGGACUUUCCUAUGCUGAAUGUUACUGGGAAUCUGAAUCAGACAUCUCAACCUUCCAGAACGAAUUUCGAAGGUUCUUUGAUAUAAACUUUGGUAAUCGCAGAGGUAUGUAUGUUGACCAUGAGAGAAAUCAUGAAGGUUUCAAACAGAUAACUAGUCUUACGCCUAAAUUUAUCACAGGCUCAUUGCAGCCGUACCACCUUGAAGGACUUAACUUUUUGAGGUCUGCGUGGUCAAACCGAACUCAUGUAGUCCUCGCCGAUAACAUGUGGCUAGGCACAAGAAUUCAAAGCAUUGCCUUUUUAGCUUCGCUUUUUGCGGAAAACGUGGCUCCGUUUUUGGUAGUGGCUCCUAGUUCCACUCUGCGGAACUGGGAGAUAGGAUUUACCACAUGGGCACCACAGAUGAAUGUGGUUGUGUACGGUGGUACUUCUCAAGCUCGUACUGUUAUUAUACAGCACGAGUUUUACUUACCAAGGGGUCGUAUGAAUGGAGUCCGUGGAGAAACCAACAGAAUUAAGUUUGAUGUCAUCCUCACGUCUUAUGAGAUACUUGACGUAGACACAGCAGUCCUAAAACCAAUCAAGUGGAAAUGCACGAUUGUUGAUGACGGCCAUCGGUUGGAAAAUGAGAAUCCAAAGCUGUUCUAUUCGCUGAAGCAGUUUACGUGUGAGCAUCACAUUCUUUUAACAGGAAGACCACUUCAGGUGGUAAAUUCUGAGCAACAAGCUGAGCAGCUCAGUGCUCUUGGAAAGAGAAAGAGAAACCGUAAGCAGAUUGUUGAAAAAGAAGCUGAACCAACUGAUGGUGAAGAAGCUAGACAAGGAAACAAGAAGACUAGAUGGCCUUACCGUAGAAGGACUCACCGUAGAAAGACUCACCUUUGUUCGGGGCCAAGACCUUUGAUAGAAGGCCAAGGGAAAUCUCUGAGGGUGUUAGGUUUUAGGGAGAGCCAAAGGAAGACUUUCUUAGAUACGUUGAUGAGGUAUGGAGUUGGAAACUAUGAUUGGAAGGAGUUUGUUUAUCCUUUAAUGUGGAAGACCUAUGAUGAAAUAAACAAUUAUGGAAAUUUUUUCCUGGAGCUCAUCAUCAAAGACACUCAAGAUACUAAUCCUCCAACCUUUUCAGAUAUGGUCCCAAAGAUAGGACUAACUCGUGACAAAGUACUUGCCAGAAUUACUGUUAUGAUGCUACUACAAGAGAAGGUGAAACUUAUAGAAAACCAUCCAAGUAAAACUGUUUUCCCCGACCCUAUUAUCGGAAGAUUCGCUGCACUAAAAAAUGAAAGAAAUUGGAACAAGGAACAUGACAAGUUACUGUUGCGUGCCGUUUCUAAGCACGGGUUUGGGAAAUGGAUAGACAUUGUUAAAGACAAAGAGUUCGAGCUGGAACAACUCAUCUGCAAAGCACUGAAGGUCCCUGUUGAAAAUUUGACUCGUACUAAUCCAGACCAGAAAGAUCCGCACAGACAACUUGCUGACUAUUUGAGAAAACGAUUUGAAAUUCUGGAGAAUGCAAUGAGUGAUGAGUGUGCUGAUACUUACUACCGUAAUGGGAGAAGACCUGAUGAACAUCCCUUAUUGGAUAUUGCCAUUGCCGACAUAAGGAGGAGGGUAAGUGUCAUGUGAAGAUAUGGUGAUGUUGAGAAGGACUCAGAAGAGAGCUGCAGAAGAUAUUACUGUUAAUAUGGAGGAAACAGAAGUUGAGGUCAUUGUAUCGGAUUGUUUUGAACCUAGAACCAAAACAUAGCUGAUAUGUUUUGGAGUUAUUGUUACUUUCAUUAGCCUAUUAUUUGGGAUUUGACUGGAUUUUUAUUUGGGAUGUGGCUGGAUUGUUACUUUUAUUAACUAUAUAUUAUUGGGGAUUUGACUGAAUAUAUACUUUGCUUAUAUUUA